ACAAAGGCGGAGGAAAAGAAGGAGGAGGAGGAAGGGGGGGGAAAAAAGCAAAGCAAACAAACCGGGAACGGAGCGGUGCGGUGGAGCGGUGGACCGCUGAGUGCGGUGAGCCGGGCUGCAGCCUGACAUGAUGUUUCCACAAAGCCGACACUCGGGCUCCUCUCACCUGCCGCAGCAGCUCAAGUUCACCACCUCCGACUCGUGCGACCGCAUCAAGGACGAGUUUCAGCUCCUGCAGGCCCAAUAUCACAGCUUGAAGUUGGAAUGCGACAAACUCGCCAGCGAGAAAUCGGAGAUGCAGCGUCACUACGUCAUGUAUUACGAGAUGUCCUACGGGCUGAAUAUUGAAAUGCACAAACAGGCUGAAAUCGUCAAGAGGCUCAAUGGGAUCUGUGCACAGGUUCUGCCCUACCUUUCACAGGAGCACCAGCAGCAAGUCCUGGGAGCCAUUGAACGAGCCAAGCAGGUGACGGCACCGGAGCUGAACUCCAUCAUCCGUCAGCAGCUCCAAGCCCACCAGCUCUCGCAGCUCCAAGCCCUGGCGCUGCCUCUGACUCCGCUGCCCGUGGGGCUGCAGCCCCCAUCCCUCCCCGCCGUCAGCGCCGGCUCCGGCCUCCUCUCGCUCUCGGCCUUGGGCUCCCAGGCUCACCUGGCCAAGGAGGACAAGAACGGCCACGACGGGGACGCCCACCAAGACGACGAUGGGGAGAAAUCAGAUUAGAGUGAAGGGGUCGGGGCUGCUGGGUGUGGGGGGACGUCCGUGCCAGACGCAGCAGCCGCAGGGCAGCAGCGCCCCAGGGCAGCGCCGUGGCAGCCGCUCUGUGCCCCCCAGCCCGGCUCUGUUCUGGGGGCGCUGCACCCACUGCUCCCCUCGGUAUUUAACGACGACCCUCGGUCCUACAGGUUUCUGCACAACUCCCUGCCCCAACGACCCCCCCUCCUCCCCCUCCCCCCAAAAGCCCCCCCCCCCCCCAACCCCUCUCGCCUCUCCGGCUCCUCGCUGUUCUGCAUGUCUCUGUUUUUAACCAGUCCCGCAGCAACCGCCGCAGUUCCAUGUGUCCAGCCGGGUUUUCUCGGGCUGGGGGGGGGUCCUGCUGCCCGCCCCCCUUGGCAGAACACUGCUGGGGGGGCUGGGAGCUUGGGGGUGGCUGGGGGGCAUUCGGGUGCCUGGGAGCCCCCCGGUCCCCUCCCCACGCCCCCCUGUAGAGGAUACAGCAGCUUUCUCUGUUCUUAUCUCCGUGCGCUAGCGUGUCUACAAAACAAAAAGAAAUAAUAAUAAUAAUACAAAAAAUGGAACGACGAUGACGACGAAAGAAGAAUAAAACUAAAUAAUAAUCUGGUGUUUGUAUAUAGUCCUUUAGACAGAUCUCGUUUUGCUUUUUGUGUUUAAUCACUUGACCUAUAAUAAGAGGAACUGAAAAUGCUGUAUCAAGGACGUACAAGCUGUGCCUUUCAAAUAAAGAAAUAAGAAGGUUGGUUAA